UUGCGUCACACCAUCCACACGGCGCCUCUGACCACAUUUCGGACCAAGCAUAAAUUGGCUCUAACAUUUUAAAAUGCCAGUUGUCAGAUGAGCAGCGAGCACAGCGCGAACGGUAGCAGCUGGCCAGAGGACAUCAAAGCGCAGCGCACAGCUCUGAUCUGUACAAGAGGAGGAUGAGAGUCUUCGCUAUCAUCUGGGCCAUUGGGUUCCUCUUGAAGGAAGCGCAAGCCUGGGGCUUCAGAAAUGGAAUAUUUCAUAACUCCAUAUGGCUGGAGCAAGCCGCCGGAGUCUACCACAGGGAAUCGCGUAAAGGGAGAUACCAGCUGACUUAUAAGGAAGCCAAGGCCGUGUGCAAAUACGAAGGAGGGACACUGGCCACUUACGAUCAACUGGAGGCUGCUCGUCAGAUAGGUUUACAUGUGUGUGCGGCUGGAUGGUAUGACAAAGGACGUGUGGGCUACCCUAUCGUCAAAGCCGGUGCCAACUGUGGUUUCGGCAGGGUUGGCGUCAUCAACUAUGGGUACAGGUUGAACAAGAGUGAGAGAUGGGACGUCUACUGCUACAACCCCAACUCGAAGGAGUGUGGAGGUACUCUGACAGAUCAGCAAAGGAUCAUCCAGUCACCCGGUUACCCAGAGGAGUACCAGGAUGAGCAGAUCUGCUACUGGCACAUCCGCGUGCGCUACGGACAGAGGAUACGCCUGCACUUCCUGGAGUUCGACGUGGAGGAGGACACGGCCUGUCUAGCAGACUACCUGGAGAUCUAUGACAGUUAUGACGACAUCUCUGGCUUCGCCGGGAGGUACUGUGGAGAUUAUUUACCAGAUGACCUCAUAAGCACAGGGAAUGUGAUGACACUAAAGUUCCUGUCCGAUGCAUCUGUAGUCGCAGGAGGCUUCCAGAUGGAGUACAUUGCUGUGAACGCUUCUCUCCUCCACUUCCAGAAUGACACCAGCUGUUGCUUCACCUGACCAAUGUUUAUUUAUUUUUUCAGUAUGAUAUGAGUUUCCAUAAGCCACAUCACUUGCACUAUGCAGUAUAACAAAAAUAAUUACUGACAAAUUUGAAUUACAAAAAUCAACAAUACAAUAUACUGCGCUAGGCAGUAGGCACUGCGAGCCCCGGGAGUGACGCGGUGCCUGGUGUGAUUGGUUGAGAUUUCACAACGCAGUGGACCGCUCACGUCCCCCACCCCUACAGCACUGGUUGUGCCGUGUUCAAAACAACUGGGAACUCGGAAAAAACUCGGGAAAAACUUUUUUUUUUAAGUUCCCAGUUGUCUUGAAAAGCACCAAUAGAUGUCAUUUGCGUCACUAAGCAAAACCCCUGUCACUCAGUCAGAGAGUCUGGAUGUUUGGAACGAGCAGGUUGAAGCAAGAGGGAAUGAGGUGGAUAGGGCAUAACAACCAGAAAGUCAGUCUAGCAGCAGAAGAGUUAGCCACAGGUUUGUGGAGGGUUGGUGGUAGCUAACUACACUGAACAAAAAUAUAAACUCCACAUCAAAUCAAAUUGUUUCACCUUACAGUGAAAUGCUUACUUACAAGCCCUUAACCAACAAUGCAACAAAUAACAAUAGCGAGGCUAUAUACAGGGGGUACCGGUACAGAGUCAAUGUGCGGGGGCACUGGUUAGUCGAGGUAAUAUGAACAUGUAGGUAGUUAUUAAAGUGACUAUGCAUAGAUAAUAACAGAGUAGCAGCGGCGUAGAAGGGGUGGAGUGGGGGGGGCAAUGCAAAUAGUCUGGGUAGCCAUUUGAUUAGAUGUUCAGAAGUCUUAUGGCCUGGGGGUAGAAGCAGUUUAGAAGCCUCUUGGACCUAGACUUGGCACUCCGGUACCGCUUGCCGUGCAGUAGCAGAGAGAACAGUCUAUGACUAGGGUGGCUGGAGUCUUUGACAAUUCUUAGGGCCUUCCUCUGACACCGCCUGGCAUAGAGGUCCUGGAUGGCAGGAAGCUUGGCCCCGGUGAUGUACUGGGCCGUAUUCACUACCCUCUGUAGUGCCUUGUGGUCGGAGGCAGAGCAGUUGCCAUACCAUGCAGAGAUGCAACCUGUCAGGAUGCUCUCGAUGGUGCAGCUGUAGAACCUUUUGAGGAUCUGAGGACCCAUGCCAAAUCUUUUCAGUCUCCUGAGAGGGAAUAGGUUUUAGGACUGUCUUGGUCUAGGACUGUCUUGGUGUGCUUGGACCAUGUUAGUUUGUUGGGGAUGUGGACACAAGGAACAUGAAGCUCUCAAACUGUUCCACUACAGCCCCGUCGUUGAGAAUGGGGCACGUGCUCAGUCCUGCUUUUCCUGAAGUCCACAAUCAUCUCCUUUGUCUUGAUCACAUUGAGGGAGAGGUUGUUGUCCUUGCACCACACGGCCAGGUCUCUGACCUCCUCCCUAUAGGCUGUCUUGUCGGUGAUCAUGUCUACCACUGUUUUGUCAUCGGAAAACUUAAUGGUGGUGUUGGAGUCGUGCCUGGCUGUGCAGUCAUGCGUGAACAGGGAGUACAGGAGGGGACUGAGCACACACCCCUGAGGGGCCCCCGUGUUGAGGAUCAGUGUGGUGGAUGUGUUGUUACCUACCCUUACCACCUGGUGGCGGCCCGUCAGAAAGUCCAGGAUCUAGUUGCAGAGGGAGUUGUUUAGUCCCAGGGUCCUUAGCUUAGUGAUGAGCUUUGAGGGCACGAUGGUGUUAAACGCUGAGCUGUAGUUGAAGAAUAGCGUUCUCACAUAAGUGUUCCUUUUGUCCAUGUGUGAAAGGACCAUGUGCAGUGCAAUAGAGAUUGCAUCAUCUGUGGAUCUGUUUGGGCGGUAUGCAAAUUGAGUGGAUCUAGGGUUUCUGGGAUAAUGGUGUUGAUGUGAGCUCAUGGCUCAUGGCUACAGACGAAUAUGAAUAUUGACCUGUUUAAAUGUCUUACUCACAUCAGCUGGUGAGAGUGUGAUCACACAGUCGUCCUGAACAGCUGAUGCUGUCCUGCAUGUUUCAGUGUUACUUGCCUCGAAACGAGAAGUAAUUUAGCUCGUCUGGUAGGCUCGUGUCAAUGGGCAGCUCGUGUAGUACAAUUCAAUCUUAGUCCUGUAUUGACGCUUUGCCUGUUUAAUGGUUCGUCGGAGGGCAUUUUACUGAGCUACAGUUCAUAUAAAGAAAUCAGUCAAUUGAAAUAAAUUAAUUUGGCCCUUAUCUAUGUAUUUGACAUGACUGGGAAUACAGAUAUGCAUCUGUUGGUCACAUACCUUUAAAAAAGUAGGGGCGUGGAUCAGAAAACCAAUCAGUAUCUGGUGUGACCACCAUUUAUCUCAUGCAGCACGACACAUCUCUUUCGCAUAGAGUUGAUCAGGCUGUUGAUUGUAACCUGUGGAAUGUUGUCCCACUCCUCUCCAAUGGCUGUGCGAAGUUGCUUGAUAUUGGCGGGAACUGGAACACUCUGUCUACAUAUGAUCCAGAGAAUCCCAAAUAUGCUCAAUGGGUGACAUGUCUGGGGAGUCAGCAGGGGACAUUUUCAGCUCGCAGGAAUUGUGUACAAAUCCUUUCGACGUGCUGAAACAUGAGGUGAUGGCGGCGGAUGAAUGGCACGACAAUGAGCCUCAGGAUCUCGUCCCAGUAUCUCUGUGCAUUCAAAUUGCCAUUGAUAAAAUGCAAUUGUGUUCGUUGUCUGUAGCUUAUGCCUGCCCAGAUCAUGCUGUUUAAUCAGCUUCUUGAUAUGCCACACCUGUCAGGUGGAUGGAUUACCUUGGCAAUGGAGAAAUGCUCACUUACAGGAAUGUAAACAAAUUUGUGCACAAUUUUUAAGAAAUUAGCUUUUUGUGCGUAUGGAACAUUUCUGGGAUCGGACCAACACUUUACAUGUGGCAUUUAUAUUUUUGUUCAAUAUAGCUAGUCUCCCGGCCUCAGCAUAAGGGUUGGCAAAUGCUAAUAAGCUAGCGUUAGCGCUCAGCAUCCUUAAGCUAUUGGGUAUCAAUCAGAGUUAUUUAAUAGUAUAUUUGGUGAAUGGGAAAGCUAAGGAUGUUGAUAUAAGUCAUGUUAUUAGGAAAAGUGUUUAUAUCCAGCGAGUGUAUUUGAUGUGUUUCUGUAGGUAGCGGUUAAUGGUUGGCUCAUGUCUGUUAUUUCCAUAUAGUCUUUAUAACAAUUAAUAAACUGUCCAUUAUUAAAUUGGUGAAAUUAUUUCAUUGAGCUUUUAUUUGUAUUACUCUUGUUGCAUUGUCAACCUGCAAGGAAGCAUUUCAUUGCACUGUGCGCUCCAUUGAUAUAUUGUGUAUAUGACAAAUAAACAAACUUGUUACGCAGA